AUGGCAACCCGUAUCCUGUCGCGUCAAAAUCUGAGAAAGUUGGUUUCGCUCACACUCCAGAAUAUAUCCCAGAGGCAACUAAUUUCGCCAUACCCUCCAGCUCUCAGAUCUACUAUCGCUUCUCCCAGCAAAUUCCUCAGCCCCCUUUACCUGUCUGGGCAUUCAUUGGCUGUGAGAUGGGCAACCUAUGGAUCAGUGAAUCUAGUUCUGUCUGAUGAUGGAAAACCCAAGUUUCAAAUUGAGGAGGUGGAGCCCUCCACAAAGAGAAGGUAUUUGACAAAGAAGCGCUUGAAGGUUCAGAGGAAGAAGGAAAAGAAGAAGAGGAAGGAGGCAAAUAAAAAUGAUCCACGGCGCAUCAGGCCCAAGGGAAAGAAGAUAAAACAAAAAUUUCCCACACCUGAAGCUAGGCUCAAAUAUAAGAUCGAGAAGGUCAUAUGUAAGCCCUGCAAACCAGGGCAGAUCCAGGAAUAUGCAAAUGAGAUAGCCCGACUGAGUGGCGGUAUCCCUGUCAACAUCAUUGGAGAUGACACCAUAGUCUUCUAUCGAGGAAAGAACUAUGUUCAGCCAGAAGUUAUGUCACCUAUUGAUACGCUGUCAAAGAAAAAGGCACUUGAAAAAUCAAAAUAUGAACAGUCGCUGGAGACAGUUCGGCGUUUCAUUGCAAUAUCUGAAAAGGAGCUCGAACUUUAUUAUCGGCAUGUUGCACUUUAUGGAAAUCCACAAUCCCAGAAAGCUGAUUUUGUUUGUGGUGAUGAUAGAGAAGCUUCUUUGCUUAAAAUGGGGGGAUUGGAUCAAGGGAAGGACCAAGAGCCUCAUCUGGCUACCAAUCAAUUUUCUGAUCUCCACAUCUGUGAUGUUUAUGAAUCUGAUGAAGAAGAUAGUUCCAGUAGUGAAUAUGAUGUUAAUGACGAUGAGACUGAAAGCAUGACCAGCAUUUCUGAAGACGCUGUUGUUUCUGAUCAUGACGAUUUAGCCAACUGGGGCGAAGUGUGA